AUUUCUUCAUUCAUCUAUCCAUGAACCCAGAAAUCUAGAUUGAAGUUUCAUAUGCUCGGAUUCAUGUCCUUCCUUCGAGUUUUGAAGCUUCUAAUCAUACUCAUAUGCAUCAGCAUUGUUCAUGUAGGAUGCUUGGAUUUUUCUUACCCUUCAUUUAGCAAUGAAAAUGCCAGUGAUUUUAUUUCUAGCAAUUUCCCAUUCAUCAUAAAAAAUGCCAUUCAAGUCACUCCUGAUAAUGCCAGAGAAAUUGAUAUGCGGCGGAGAUCAGGGAGGGUCCUAUACAAUCAAAAAUUGAAACUAUGGGACGGACCAAGAGGCACAAAGGCCUCAUUCUAUUCCACAUUCGUGUUCAACAUAAAUCCAUGGACCUCACCCGGCGGCGAGGGGUUAGCCUUCAUAAUAACAGAGGACAGCUCUCUCCCGAACAACAGCGCCGGCCAAUGGCUCGGAGUCGUGAAUUCAACUACAGUGAAUCUACUGAACAUUGUUGCCAUAGAAUUCGAUACCAAAAAGAGUGAUUCUGAAGAUAUUGAUGACAAUCAUGUUGGGGUCAAUAUCAAGAGCAUCUACUCAAUCAAGCAAGAACCCUUGAUUGGCCAUGGCGUCAAUCUUUCCUCCGGCGAGGAUAUCACUGCAAGCAUUCAGUAUGAUGCAAAAUCAGAAAAAAUUUCAGUUUUUGUGUUCUCAACAAGAACAGGGGAAACAGGGGAAGGGAAUUUCGACAAUCCGCUGUUGAAUGUUCAUCUUGAUCUCUCUACACAACUCCCGGCCGAUGUUUGGGUGGGGUUUUCGGCUUCAACUGGAGAGAAUACGGAGUUGAAUGUUGUUAAAUCCUGGAAUUUCAGCAGUUUUGAGAUCAGACGGAGAAACAGAAAGAAACAAAUGGAAGAAGAUGAAUUGGAGAUUGAACAAGAAAUUCAGAGUUUAUCAACUGCGCCGCAGAAAUUUCGAUUGCAGGAACUCAAAGAUGCCACCAGAGAUUUCAACGUUGCCUACAAGUUGGGGAAAGGAGGAUUCGGGAUGGUGUAUAAAGGCAUCCUGAAUAAUAGAGAGGUGGCUGUAAAAAGAAUUCUGAAGAACACCCGCCAUGGAAAGCAGGAUUUCCUUGCGGAAGUGACAACCAUAAGCAAUCUUCAUCACAGAAACCUUGUAAAACUCUUCGGAUGGUGCUAUGAAAGCAAUGAACUCCUUCUGGUUUAUGAAUUCAUGCCUAAUGGGAGUCUAGAUAAGUUCAUUUUCCGUGAGGCUGAUACAAUCCUGAGCUGGGAAAGAAGGCAUGGCAUCAUCUGCGGUGUGGCUCGGGCGCUGGAUUACCUCCAUAACGGGUGUGAGAGAAGGGUUCUUCAUCGAGAUGUGAAGCCAAGCAACAUAAUGUUGGAUUCUGAGUUCAAUGCACGGUUGGGGGAUUUUGGUUUAGCCAGGACGAUUCAGGUGAAUGAAAAAGCACACUAUUCGACCAAGGAGAUUGCCGGAACUCCAGGGUACAUGGCCCCAGAAAGCUUCCAUACCAGGAAGGCCACGGUGGAAACAGACGUUUAUGCAUUUGGUGUUUUGAUUCUGGAAGUUGUUUGUGGGAGAAAACCCGAAAAUGAACACGGUAUUGUGGAUUGGGUUUGGGAGAAUUACGGGAUGGAGAGGAUUGGGGAUGUUGUAGAUGUGAGAUUGAAUGGGGAUUUCAAGAAAGGUGAAACAGAGUGCAUAGUGAUGUUGGGGUUAGCAUGUUGCCAUCCGAAUCCGUACGAAAGGCCAUUAAUGAGGACGGUUUUGCAGGUUCUUACAGGGGAAGCAGCUGCUCCGGUUGUGCCGAAGGAGAAACCGGCUUUCAUGUGGCCGGCCACGCUUUCCCCGAUCAGACAGGAGUUCGCUGCAUCAAUUAGCGGCGGGGAACUUACCACCACCUUAGACCUAAGUGGUCGAUAAUAUCUUUUUUCCAAAUGUUCAAAGCAAAUCUUUUCUUUGAUUAAAGUUUGAUUGUCAAUUUUUGGAAGCCAACUUUUUUAAUGAAACUAGGAAUUCGUG